GAAACCUUUCACAAUUAGUCUCAAAUAUAGUUAGAUCAAUCUUGUAUAAAAAAAAUAUUUAUAUAAUAUAAAAUGGAUAAAACAGAAGAUCAUGAUACAUUAAAAAACAAAAUAAUAGAAGGGCAACAAAUUAUGGAUAAUUUAUCAGUUGAUAAACAUGUAACUGAAGAAGAAUUUCAAAACUUUAUGCAUCGCGUUACCGAAGUUGAAAAAAUUGUGAAAAAAUUGGCAUCUUCCAAUCCUGAAGAACAAGAACAUGGACAAAUAUUGGCAGAUGAAAUUUUGGAUGGACGAUCGGAAAAUAUUAUUUGCGAUGAUACUGAAUUAAAAAUAAAAAUGAAUCGUACAGUGAUUAAUAAAUGUUCAAUUAACAAAAAUUCUACUAAUGAAGAAAUGUCCAAAGAAGCGUUUAUGAAAAGCGUAGAAAAAGAUGCAAAAGAAAGGGCGGAAAAUAGAAAGAUUAGAAAUGAACGAGCGGAAACACUGAAAACAAUUGGUAAUGGGGCAUUUAAGGAAAGAAAUUAUGAGAAAGCGGUAACAUAUUAUACUAAAGCGCUAGAACAGCGAAAAGAUUCAACCGUAUUAUGGAAUAACAGGGCUUUGUCAUAUAUUCAGCUUGGAUUAUUCGAGAAAGCCUUAAGCGAUUGCGAAUGGGCAUUAAAAGUUAAUAACACGAACUUGAAAGCCCUAUUAAAUAGUGCUAAGUGUUAUAAACAACUCGGAGAUGAAACGAAAUACAAAGAAUAUAUUCUGUUAGCAAAAGAAAGAAAUCCACAUUUAACGAAUUUUAUUAAUGAAUUUGAAGAAAGUUUGGAAAUGCGCGUUAAAUAUCAAGCUUCAUCUGUUAAUAAUAUUAAUUAGUAAACAAUAGAAAUAUUUCUUAUGCAGUAUGAAUAUUUCUUUUGCAAUAAUUU